AUGGGCGCGCUGCUCGACGUCUUCGUCCACAAGGCCAAGGAGGAGUGCAUGUGCGACCUGCUGACCAUCUUCCUCCACGACGCGGACAAGGACGAGCUCAUCGCGCGCUGGGCGACGGCGUUUCCUUCCGACUUUAGCCACGACGCCAAGGCCUACGUGCGGAUCCCGCAGACCGCGGGGCUCGUCGGCCGGUCCUUCAACGAGGGCCUCGUGAACAUCCCCGACGCCUACCUCGAGCCGGGCUUCAACCAGGCCAUCGACAAGACGUCCGGCUACCGCACCAAGUCCGUCAUCGCCUGCCCCAUCGUCGGCCACGCGACGAUCCAGGACAGGAAAAGGGCGACGAUCCAGGACAUCACGCACACCGCGCAGGGCGAGGGCCCGCACCGCCUGGGCGCGUUCCAGCUCAUCAACCGCCUGGAUCUGGACGAGGCGGACAAGGGCGAGGGCGGCGAGGGCGACGACGAGGGCGACGAGGGCGGCGAGGGCAACGAGGACGAGGCCAUCGCGACGGAGACCAUCGAGGUCAAGUGCCUCGAGUCGCCGAGCGGCACGCGGACGCUCAAGGUCAAGGCCUUCAGCGACGUGGACCGCGGCAAGGUCCAGGGCCUCGCCGACGCCGUCGUCGAGCUCGCGCGCCUCGCCUACGGGCUCCACCGCCCCGACUUCCGGACGACGGCCGCGAAGAACUGCACCAAGGCGUACCAGGCCGACACCUACGCCGUCCUCGGGCUCAAGAGCGAGGACGAGGUCGUCCGCCGCGAGCGCCUCCAGUCGUCCAUCGUCGUGUGA